UGUUUUUUUUGCUUAGAAGCUGGUUUGCAGAGACUGGGGGGUUGUGUGGAGGGCUUAUGUCUUAUUUUGCCCCCUUUUAGCCGUCUUACCAUUUAUUUAACAGCAAACUUGUUACGUAGUUGCUUUUAAGUAAUGCUUCAGUUCGUUUGACGAUUUUUUUAGCUCUCUGAUGAGAAAUAAAAUUAAGAACUUUAGGCCUUUUAUUAUUUUAAUCGGUGGCUAUACGCUGACAUCUCGCCAACUUUAGCCCUUUUUUUUUUUUUUUUACGCAGCCGCUAUGUUAAUGGAGAGCCAGGUAACGGACACGACGGUGGAGCCGAUCCGCGCCGCGGUGCCCCCCUCUGUGGAGCUCGGGCUCACCGUGGUCUACACGGUGCUCUACUCGCUGCUCUUCGUGUUCGUCUACCUGCAGCUGUGGCUCAUCCUGCACUACGGACACAAGCGCUUCAGCUACCAGAGUGUGUUUCUCUUCUUCUGCCUGCUGUGGUCGGCGCUGAGGACCACGCUCUUUUCCUUCUACUUCAGGAACGUGGUGCAGGCGAACGAGCUGCAGCCGCUGCCUUACUGGCUCUUGUACUGUUUCCCCGUCUGCCUGCAGUUCUUCACACUGUGUCUAUUAAACCUUUACUUUGCACAGGUCAUGUUUAAAGCCAAAGCUAAAUAUUCUCCAGAACUCAACAAAUACAAGAUUCCUUUGCAUCUGGCCUUUCUGUUUGCCAGCCUUUUCUUCCUCGUGGUGAACAUGACGUGUGCCAUGCUGGUGCAGGGCCAUGUGGGCGAAGGAGAGGUGAAGCACAGUGUGCUGGUGCGAGUCCUUAUCAACGACAGCCUUUUUGUGCUCUGUGCCAUCUCGCUUGCCUUUUGCAUCUUCAAGGUUGCCAAGAUGUCAUCUGCUAAUGUCUACCUCGAGUCCAAGGGUACAUCUGUUUGUCAGGCAACAGCUAUUGGAGCAAUGGUCAUCCUGCUAUACAUGUCCAGGGCAUGUUACAACCUUGUUGUGGUGUCCCUCUCCCCGGAAGAUCGCCCCAACCCCUUCAACUAUGGAUGGUACAACGUAUCUGACCAGGCGGACGUGGAGAAGAUCAACGGCGCGGCUUAUGUGGUUUUCGGCAUCAUCCUGUUUUUUUGGGAACUUCUUCCCACUAGCCUGGUGGUGAUCUUCUUCAGGGUGCAGCGGCCCAAUCAGAACCUGACACCGGGGGGAAUGAUCAACAGCCACAGCUUUAGCUCCCGGGCAUAUUUCUUUGACAAUCCACGGCGUUAUGACAGUGACGAUGACCUUUCCAGAAGUGUCAGCUCCAGAGGGGAACGGGGCAGCAGUAUACUGUCAUCUACAUCACAGCCUGGGCCCAGCUGGUAUGGCUCCAUCCAGAGAAAUAGCAGCCUAACGGCAGUACCGCAUUUACUGAGCGGUCCCCCCGCUGCCACUGCGCCCCUCCUGCUGGCGUACAGCAACAUCCAGACCAACCAGCACCACAACUACUACUCAACUCCCCAAAACUACUACGCUACGCCACAGAACUUCUACUCAACCCCCCAGAAUGAAACGGCAAGCCAGCGUUGAGCCCUGUGAGGUAGUCUGUCGGUUGGCUUUGUGGCCUUGCCUCGGUGCCAACCCAAAAAGCACAUGUCUGGCUCAGCUUGGCCAAAGCCUUUUAAUCCAUCACUCACGGUGGGCUUUGCUUCUCUUACAGCUGUUGGCAUGGUCAUGACCUGUGACAAAACUAUUGGAGCCAAACUGGGGGUACAUGUGGGCUCAUUAAUCAGACUUCAGUUAUUUAGGUUACUAAGGUAUUUAUUUUCCAAGCUUUUUAUUACUUUCCCAUAGUAUCUUAAGUAUUCCUAAGUAAAAGAAUGGAAUGUUUUUCUUAAUUGAAACACUUGAAGACUUGCUUUUUUUUUAAGUAACGUGUGGUUUUUUCUUUUUUUUUCCUUUCAAAUUAACAUUGACAGUUCUGGAACUCUCCUUGCUGUUGAAUCAUACUCGGACCUUUUUAGUUUACGUUCAUUCCCCGCAGGUGUUUUCUUUUGAGCCUUGUUGCAUCAUUAGAGCAGACAGCAUCUGUAUGAUGGCAAUUUCUGCACACAUUUGCCCUCCCUCUUUACCUGGGAGGUAAUAUUUGCACUUCACAACCUGUAUAUCGAGGGCCUGAUCAAAUGACUUCCGACCUGAAUGUAAACAUGUCCUCUCUGGAUUCCUACUGUGGGGGGGGACGCACCUCUUCCCCCUCUGACAAGAGGAAGGAGGAUGGGGAGCAGCAUUCCACAGUACUGACAGCAAGCACACACCCCUUGUGGACAGUAUAGCCCAUCUUUGGUUUGAAUGUCUCUGCAGGAAGAAUCUUUAUGAAAGGAGGGAAGCGUUGACGGUGGUGUGAAUCCUUUUGCUGCGAGGGAGAUAAGGAAAGCCACUUCUGCCAAAGAGCUGGCUGCAACUGUGAAUGGGCUGAAGCCUAACGCCUUUUCUUGGCGGGAACUGUCCUACUCAGGUGUUGCUUUCUGCCCCCUGCGGGAAGAGGAGGCUCUUUGGGGGCUGAGGGCAAUCCAGUGUAAAGAUGCACAUACAGUACGAUGAAUGUUCUGGAUUCAGUAACUCGAAUGUAUGAGGAGGGAUCAGCUUUGUAGAAGCAAUCUGAUCAGGAGCAAAUGUUACUGAGUUCUAGUUUUGGUUUUCUCCUGGAGGGCUCUGACCUUGAGGAGCAAUGCUGGAUUAGCUUAAGAACCCCAUCUUCCAGUAUAUAUCUCUUGUAAUAGUCAAUAUUAUACAGUAUCUGUACAAUAGUUUAUCGUAGUUUACAGCGCAGUCUUAUAAAAACAUGACAUCGUGCCAUUUAAGUGAAACCUUUUGCACAAUAUGUUGUAUAUAUUUAAAAAUUAAGCUUUAUUUAACUGAUUUCUGAACUAAUUCCUGGUGUUCUCUUGUAGGAAAGCUGUUUGGCUGCAGACUUUAUAUAAGUGGUGCCGUUAUCGUUAUGGGAGCAUGCACAUAUGGUACAGUGCAGACCUGUGUGUUUGUAAAUGUUUCAACUUUAAUCCUUUGCCCCCCCCCCCCCGACAAUCACUUAGCAAAUGCAGUCCUAAGUUCUGUACAUCACAUUCCUCCCUUGUUCUGUUGUUGCUUGCCCCAGUUUCCUUUUCCCUGCCACUGCACAACAUGAACAUUCAAAUUCCAGCACAAAGCAGCUAGUGAUACUGGGCUUUGUGUGGUGUUCAAUUUCCUCACACUGAGGAAACAAGCAGUUUUAAACUAACUUUCCACUUCUAAAUCAGACUGUGUGGGGUUUGGUUAUGAACUUAAAUAGGUAACUUUUUACAUCACUUGAGAAAUAACAGCUUUCUUACUUCAAUAAUGAGAUGGUGCAAGGGAGUGCUAUUGAAUGAAAUGUUUGGGAAGCAAUGGGCAGCUAUUAUCACUUGGAAAUACUGGUUGGUUUUUUGACUGUCACUUUCUAGACAUAUCUGAGGGCAAGAUUCCCGUUCAAACAUUUCAGCAGUAUACACUUCCUUACAGUAGUCUAAGGGGAAACAAAAUGAAGCUGACAGUAUUUUGUUAAAUGUUACUUCCCCUAACAGCCAGUUUUUAAUUUUUUGGGCUCCUUGUGGCCAAUGAAUGUACAGUAACUGAUCCUGUUUGUUCACUAAAGCUAUAUGCAAGCACUACCAUAUUAAAAUAAAGUUUUA